AUGGCGAAGUCGGGCCUCGCGGCAGGCUUGAACAAGGGACAUGUCGUGACUCCCCGCACCACUGCUCUGCGUCCGUCCAGGCGGAAGGGGUACCUGGGCAAGAAGGUAAAGGAGGUCAGGGAAAUCAUCCGUGAUGUUGCGGGCCUGGCUCCCUAUGAGAAGCGCGUGGUGGAGCUGCUUAAGGUUGGCAAGGAUAAGCGUGCCCUGAAGGUGGCCAAGAAGAAGCUUGGCACCCACCUGCGCGGGAAGCGGAAGAGGGAGGAGCUGGCCAGCUACAUGCGCAAGCAGCAGAAGAAGGAGGCUGCCGAGCAGAAGGCGGCUGGCCACAAGUAG